AAGAAAGAUGUGCAUUCACCGGGAGGCUUCCAGUCCGGAGGGCGGACCGGCUGCAGCAGAGACCCCGCGGCGGUGAGGGGCUUGGUCGGCAGCUUCAUGUGCAGAAGACGGUUUAUUUCAGCUGAAUGGUGACUGUCAGCAGGCCACAGUGCAUCAUGAUCACAUCUGUAUGUGCAGCAAGUGAAGUGUGAGAACCAGCUGCCACCAUGCCAUGUGUGUAAGGAAGUAGUGUUGGUGUUGUAGCCCCAGGCGGGAUGCUCCUGACCGCUGCUCAGUAUGACUCUGCUGGACCUGUGGCUGUCCCGCUCCAUCCCCAUGUGCCUGCUCCUUCAGAGUCUUGUCCUCAUGGCCCUGUGCUUCCCCUCAGCCAGCAUGUGUCCGAAGGGCUGCAGCUGCCUGCGCGACCCCCAUCUCCAUGGCCUCAACGUUACCUGCAGUCAGUCCAGUCUCAAGGAGAUUCCCUCUAACCUUCCAGGAGACACCGUCCUCCUGAGGUUGGACCACAACCAGAUUGGAGCUGUGCCAGAGAAAGCCUUCUAUGAACUGAAGCGCCUGAGAGAGCUGAACCUCUCCUACAAUGCUGUGGAAACUUUAGGGGAAGAUGCCUUCAGCGGUAUUGAUGGGACUUUGCAGGUGCUGGACCUUUCUCACAACCACAUCACUAACGUUCACAAGAACGCUUUCACUAAGCUGAGAGCGCGCAUCAUUGUGCAUGAUAACCCCUGGCAUUGUGAGUGUGCCCUCCAGCAGGGCGCUGGUGGAGUGGCCCACAACCACGAGGUGGCGUCCAGGGUGGUCUGCGGGAGCUCUGAGCUGUUUGAUCUGGAGGGGCGGCCUGUCAUGGCAGUGGACACUGACCUGUGUAAUCUGGCUAAAAGGACCACAGACUAUGCCAUGCUGGUCACCAUGUUUGGCUGGUUUGCCAUGGUCAUUUCAUAUGUGGUGUAUUAUGUUCGUCAAAACCAAGAGGACGCCCGACGCCACCUGGAGUACCUCAAGUCCCUUCCCACAACAGAAAAACCUGGAAGGCUAUGUGGGCUUUGCCAACCUCCCCAACCAAGUUUAUAGGAAAUCUGUGAAGAGAGGUUUUGAGUUCACUCUUAUGGUUGUGGGAGAAUCUGGUCUGGGGAAGUCCACGCUGAUGAACUCACUCUUCCUCACAGACUUGUACUCUCCUGAAUAUCCAGGUCCUUCUCAUCGAAUCAACAAAACCGUGCAGGUGGAACAGUCCAAGGUUCUGGUGAAGGAAGGAGGGGUGCAUCUUCUGCUAACCAUCGUGGACACGCCUGGCUUUGGGGACGCUGUGGACAACAGCAGCUGCUGGCAGCCUGUAAUCGAUUAUAUCGACUCCAAGUUUGAGGAUUUUCUCAACGCAGAAUCACGCGUCAACAGGCGACAAAUGCCAGACAACAGAGUGCACUGCUGCCUGUAUUUCAUUGCUCCGUCAGGACAUGGGCUGAAGCCUCUUGAUACAGAAUUUAUGAAGCGAUUACAUGAAAAGGUAAACAUCAUUCCCCUCAUCGCCAAAGCUGACACGCUGACUCCUGAGGAGUGCCAACAGUUCAAGAAACAGAUAAUGGCAGAAAUUCAUGAACAUAAAAUCAAAAUAUAUGACUUUCCAGAGACGGAUGAUGAAGAGGAGAUGAAGGUGAUCAGAAAAAUCAAGGAUCGUUUACCCCUGGCUGUCGUCGGUAGUAACACCAUCAUUGAGGUGAACGGAAAGCGAGUUCGUGGAAGGCAGUACCCAUGGGGUGUGGCCGAAGUGGACAAUGGAGAACACUGUGAUUUCAUGAUCCUUCGUAACAUGUUGAUCAGGAACCACAUGCAGGAUCUGAAAGACGUCACAAACAACGUUCAUUAUGAGAACUACCGCAGCAGGAAGCUGGCGGCGGUCACCUGUAACGGUGUGGACAACAACCAGAACAAGGGUCUGCUCACAAAGUCGGAGCCAGCGGAUGACAUGAGUCCUAUUGGUCAGAUGGAGGAGGAGCGACGGGAACACCUGGCCAAGAUGAAGAAGAUGGAACAGGAAAUGGAGCAAGUCUUUGAGAUGAAGGUCAAAGAGAAGCUCCAGAAGCUCCGAGACUCUGAGGCUGAGCUCCAGAGACGUCAUGAACAGAUGAAGAACAACCUGGAGCUUCAGCUCAGAGAGCUGGAGGAGAAACGCCGUCAGUUUGAGGACGAGAAGACCAACUGGGAAGCACAGCAGAAGAUCCUGGAGGCGUCCAG